AUGCAAAUCGCAAGCAUAAUCGAGAGAUCAAAAGCACGAUUUUUGGCCUCCGCAUACGGAAAAUUUUCCUUGUAUUCGGAAUCCCUUCGCAACCCUAAACCCCUUCAUCUAAUUUCUCCGUCUACAUCACCGCCGACCGUCGGCAGCUCACUCCGGCUAGCUUCGGGUCUCGUCCGGGCCUACCACGACGGCAGGCCCAGGGGACCUCUUUGGAGGGGCAAGAAACAGAUCGGAAAAGAGGCCCUUUUCGUCAUACAAGGCCUCAAGCGCUUCAAAGACGACGACGAGAAGAUAGGUAAGUUCAUCAAAACGCACGUGCUCAGGCUUCUCAAGAUGGACAUGGUUGCCGUUCUUGUAGAGCUCGAGCGCCAAGAGGAGGUUUCCCUUGCUGUCAAGAUGUUUAGGGUGAUCCAGAAACAAGACUGGUACAGCCCGGAUGUGUAUCUGUACAAGGAUUUAAUUGUUUCCUUGGCCAGAAGGAAGAAGAUGGAUGAUGUCAUGAAACUAUGGGAAGAUAUGCGAAAGGAAGGUUUAUUCCCAGACUCUCAGACGUAUACAGAAGUCAUCCGUGGUUUUCUGCAGAAUGGUUCUCCUGCUGAUGCCAUGAACGUUUUUGAGGAUAUGAAGAAAUCUCCAGAUCCUCCUGAGCAGUUGCCGUUUAGGAUAUUACUGAAGGGGCUUUUGCCUCAUCCGUUGUUGAGGAACAAGGUCAAGCAAGAUUUCGAGGAGAUCUUUCCCGACCAGCGUGUUUAUGAUCCUCCUGAGGAGAUUUUCGGAUUGCGAUGA